UGUGCUAUUACAGGGUUGGAAACCUCGCUUAUUUGAUUUACAGUUCUGAUUUCAACGGGCUCAUCGAACCUGUGUUCAAGUAGUGAUCUAUCAUAUUUACUCUCAUAUUCAACAGUGAAAUAAAAUUGAUGAGAACGAGGCCGUUCGUGCUCACAUUUGGAUGCAAAAAUGUCAGAGAUGGGCAGUGGGAUCAAUGUUUUUGUUCGAAUCAGACCUCUCAGCAAAGCGGAAGCUUCCAAGUACCAACAACCAGCAUUCACCGCUGUUGGAGAUACUGUUGUUGUACUUCGCGACCCAUCCUAUCCUGAUACAGGAGCAAGCAGGACCUGGGACUUCAGCCAAGUUUUUGGACCCACGUCUACUCAGGAAGAAGUAUAUGAUCAUUGUGUAAGUCCAGUGAUAGCUGAUGUGAUCAAUGGAUACAACUGUACGGUUUUUGCUUAUGGCCAAACUGGUACUGGCAAAACGUUCACGAUGGAAGGCGAAAGAAAACCGGAUGUCGCCUGGAAAGAUGAGCCGAACGCCGGUAUGAUUCCCCGUGCAGUUUAUCAACUUUUCAGUGAACUCUCUUCGAAAUCUGAGCCUGGUCCUGAUCCAAACGUGGUCCUCACGGUUUCAUACAUUGAGCUCUACAACGAGAAUCUCUACGACUUGCUGUACGAAGGCUCAGGGGAGCGACCAAAGCUGCAAAUGUUCGACAAUCCUGACAACCGAGGAUCACUCGUCAUCAAGAAUUUGUCUUCUUAUGAGUGCAAAACGAAAGAAGAGGUCAUCGCUUUGCUGGAUCGUGGGGCUGCUGCAAGGAGAAAAACAGCGACAAAAUUGAACUCAAGGUCCAGUCGUUCCCACGCUCUCUUCAUGAUAAGCGUCUUCUCUAUGAGCAAGCAAGAGUCCGAGAUCGGUGGACUGGGUUCUCGGCCAUCAAUGCAAAGUCAGGUGGGCAAGCUGAAUCUAGUGGAUUUGGCGGGUUCCGAAAGUGUUGGGCGGAGUGGAGCAGUGGAUGCGCAUGCGCGUGAAGCCGGUUGCAUCAAUAAAUCGCUUCUGGCUUUGCGAAUGGUCAUCAUGAACCUUGCCACCGACACAGGUGGUCACAUCCCAUACAGGAGCUCUAAGUUGACUCGUUUGUUGCAAGACUCGCUUGGUGGAAAGACAAAGACGACACUGAUUGCCGCUAUUUCUCCUGUUAAUGAACACCUUGAAGAGUCUGUGUCGACGUUAGACUACGCGUGUAAAGCCAAGAGCAUUGUGAACAACCCGGUCUCGUUGAAGCACCAUUGGAAGAAGCAGUCCAUUGCCGAGUACCUAGUCAGAAUCGAGCAGUGCAAAAGCCUGCUGGAGGCAACAAGGCGUGAGCAUGGCGUUUACAUGUCCCCCGAGCAGUUCCAGCAAUGGCAGCAACAGUAUGAUGAUGUGUUGGUGCGGGAGGACAAAGUGCGACGUGAAUUACUGGAGGAGGAACGUGCGGAGAAGGCUGAUGCCGAGUUGCAGCGCCGAGCAGAAGAGCGUCUUGCUGCAUUAACUGCUCGACUUGACAAACUGGUUUUGGCGGAGAAUGAGGCUCGUGUAACGGCUUUGCAGCAGAUAAACACGCGUCAAGUGAUGAAAGAAAGAGCCGAAAGAAUUCAGGAAGCGUCGAAAAUCACGGCAGCUGACGCUGAAGUAUUAGCGAAAGAGCGUAGUCGCUUACAAGGCGUGAAUCAGCGCUCCACCAAAGCUUUCCAGACUUCCUGUCCUGAGUUUGAGCGUAACUUCGACACGAUUAUGAACUUGGAGCAAAAUCAUAUUGAUGUCAACGCAACCAGUGCUGAUAUCACAGACAUGGAGACCGAGGUUCGAAAAGUAGCGCGAGUUGUCAAGCUACCCGAAAGCGGCGCAAGUAAUGUUGUGCAGCAACAACUGAGUCUUGGUACGAAUCCCGGCCGCAUCUUGGAGCAAAUGAACUCGAAUGCCAGUGUUGCCAAACACGACACACUCUUGUCUGCCGCGUUUUCCGAGCGAAACCCAGUCGCUGAUAUUGUCGAGGAAUGCGUCCGCCCACUUUGGAAUAAGGCUGAUGAAAACGUGUCUGGUGCCCGUCAGCUGUUUGCCAAAGAAGAGAGUCUACGCAUGGCAACAAUGGUUCACGGUGUUCUGUCUCAGUCGGCUUCUACAGAAGAGCAGAAAAUGAAAGUUCUCAAUGACUUCCUGCAUGCACUUCGGGCCCAACGCGCCCAACUCUUAGAUGACAUGGAACAAACGAAGGCGCUGCGACAGUCUGUCCUGCAAACGUUCCAGGGUCAGCGUGCGGCGCAGGAGAAACGCAAGUACGAUUUGAGUACUUUUAUGCGUACUAUAAGUGAGUGCAGUGCAGUCGCGACGAAGACUCUGCAGACCGAAUGCAAUGCUCUCACAACCGAGGCAAAAGCAGUCGGUGACGAAGCUGUAGGGAAACUUUUUGAGAGUGUGAACCAGCGUGAGGCGGCAUGUAAAGAUUUGGAGCCAGCUGCCUGCAGCAGGUUAAUCAACGAAGCUCGUGUUGCAAUCGUGGAUGGUACAGAGGCUCUGCGUAAGGAAAGCAAAGACGAGAUGCACAGAGCAGCGGAGGUACGCCAAGAAGCUGAGACUGCCGUCAUACAAGAAUUUUCUUGUGCCGAAAUGCAUCGCUGGGCGAUCGUCAAAAGUUUGCAAGAAUGGGCUCGCGCGGAGCAGACGAAGGACAGAGAAAGCGCGGAGAAAAUUGAAGCCUUUGUGCGCCGCGUUGUCUGCCAAUGGUUCGAGCAAGCCCCGGAAGAAGCCGAAUACCUCUUCACGUCAGCAGACACCGGCCUGGUUGGUAUGACGACAGCGCUUGAGUAUCUCUUCUCGUUAGUUCCGUCCAGUAGCAGCCCUGCGACGUCUGGACAGACGCCGGUACGUCGCAGAACACAGCCCAGUCAUCCGUCGCUGUUGGGCGAUUUGGCGCCGCUCACCCCGAAGGAGGCGCUGGUGCGACGCCAUCAACAAAUGAUUGCUUCGGCGCAACGACUCGCGCAGCCAUUCGAACUCGACAGCCAGUUGAUGGAGAACAAGGAGAAUUUGAUGAAUAUGAGCGGAAUUUCAACCUCAACGGAAGACAGCGUCGUUAGUCAAGGUUCCCUGCAAGGCGGAAAUCUACGCGCCAGGGCCAUGAACAAUGCGAUGCACCUGAAACGCAGGCGCUUCCCGUGACCUUCAAAUUAUAUAUUUUUUACUGUACUGUAUUAUCUUCUGGUAUUGGAUCGUGAUCUUCAAGCUAUUUUCCACAACUUUCGGGGCCCGGUCGUACGACAAGCAUUUGUUUUUCAAUCAAGAUUUGAUUUCUUCUUAUGUAUAAUCCGGAAGAGAACGGCACAAUAUAUUGUAUGGCUUGAUCGCCAAAAGCGACUCCCGGAAUUCGAAGGUUCGAGGAUGUUUUUGGAUGAGUGGCAGAACAUAUUGUCGUCUAACAAGGUUACAGAAAUAUAUAAAAUACUUGAAACGUUUGGAAAUGUCGUGAUGCCUUGAAGUCUCCGCGUUCUUGUUUGAAAUAGUUUAUUUUUGUUUCUUCUUGCAAGUAGUGCAGUAUAUAUUUUUCGAUGAAGGUAAUCGGCUAUUAUUCGGGUGCGGCGUGCGUGUUACUGUCUCUUCGCAAUUUUACUGCUGAUUGAAAACCGUUGCUGUGAAGCAUUCAUUUAAUUUUAGGAUGUCUCGCUCGCGCAACAAAUCGAACCAAGCUCCUGUACCUUCUGAUAAUUAUACUGUAGUUCGAGUUGAAAUGGAUUUUCUGUUGGGUGUGCUUCAAUUCAAAUCACCCAUGUUAAUGACAGGUACCUUUACAUCCUAGGAUAAUAAUUUCAGUAAAUUAUGUUUUGGUGAUUUGCGAAUAAAGUAAAAGUUGAACUCCUCUCACAGAAUCCGAAGUUUUCUACAGAAAACAUAUUUCAGAUAAUACAUGAUGUGGC